CGGAUAGGCUUAAAGGCAGGUCCACCUUAGGAUCUCAACGUUAUCACUGGCCCUGAGUUGGCAAACUAAGCAAUAGGAUUUAUCGAAUACACUUAGAAUAGUGGGGAAUCUCCAAGAAAACCAGCAGCACAGGAAGCGGGCAUAAAUCUUCAGAACAAUGGAGCGACGUGGGCGCAUUCCGGUGGCCAAGUUCCGCACCCAGGAAGCCAAGACACGCAGUCGGAGUCGCGUGAGGGAGCCGGACUACAACGAGCAGGACCCAGAGCACGAUAUGUUCACUUUGCUGGAGGAUAACAUUGCCCUUCGGGAGGAGAACAAGGCACUUAAGCUGGAGAUCGAGACCCAUAAAACCACGCAGGAGGAGCAGCAGGUUCAGCAUGAGAAGAUGUGCGCUGCACUGGAAUCACUGCAGCAGCAGCAGUCCAACUUCGAGACCCAGAUCAAGGAGCUGAGCUCCAAGUUCAACAAGGCUCUCAACGAACGAAACGCUUUAGACAAGCUGCACAAAAUGAAGGUCGAUCAAAUUCACAAUCUCACCAGCGAGCUGGAGCAUAUUCGCGAGAAGCAGCAGGAUCAAGCACCUCCAGUAGCUUCACGUGCGGUGCUCGGUUCCGUUGACCUCAAGCGAAAGCUCUUUAAGAUACUGCAGACGGGCAGCGCCGACAGUUCUGACAGUAUCGGAGCUCAGGAGCUGGACAGUCUGGUUGAUGUCAAUUCGGAAGGGGUGCCCAUCACCAGCGGCCUGGUGGAGCGACUGGCCGAUGAGUUUUUGACUCUCAAAAAUACCACCAAUUCUGUGGAGCUGCAGUUGUACGAGGCCAACGAAAAGAUGGCCGAACUAUUGGAGCAGCAACACGCAAUGGAGGAGGAAAACGAAGCGCUGCGUACGGAAAACAGUAACUUAACCAAAGUGGCCAAGCUGCUGACCGAAAACAUGAAGGAGAGCGUGGAAACUAGCCAAAAAAUGGAAGCUGCUCUCAUCAAGUUGAAGCAGCGCAAUGAUGAGCUCACUGCGAAGACUCGAGAUCUGACCGAUGGCCAGCCAGGAUCCAGGACCAGCACGUCGUCCAGCGUGCUAAACGAGCAGGUGGAGUUCGAGCAGAUCCAGGACCAGGUGCAGCAGCAGGCCAGAGAGCACAACGAGCGCAUUGUGGAAAUGCAAAAUCUAAUGGAUGCGGCUAUAGCCAAAACUACUAACGAUGAACUAAAAAAAUUACAACUUAAGUUGGAGAUACUCGAGGAGCAGCUGCGCGAGGCAGUCACGCGUGCUGAUCGUGCCGAGGAGCAACUGGCGCACUAUCAGCAGUCUGAGCAAAAGUCGCUGGCCGCUCCGCCACCGCCACCUCCUCCACCACCACCACCACCUCCUCCAAUGGCAGGAAAGCUCUUUCCUCUCGGGGGUUUGGUGGCGGCUGGCGGUGGCAGUCUGAGUGACCAUAUUGCCGGACAUAGCUUGCGCAAGAACAGCGGCGACAAGAUCAUCGAAAAUGUGAAGCAUCAGGUACAGGCCGAGGCUGCAACAGGUCUUGACGCUCUGAUGCGUGAGUUUAAGUCGGGAGGCGUGACCCUGCGAAGGCGCAAUCGCCGCAAGACGGGCACCAGCGAGGCCCUCAAGGAGAUGUUCCAAGUACUAGAGAUAAGUCAGAAGCAGAAUCGCAACUCCAAGAUAUGCGUGGACCUGCACUCAUCCCGUGGAGUUGAUGUUUAAUCCUGCUCCUGACACCUUUCUCACCCACUCUCUUACACCUUGGUCUCAAAUCUCAGGACCCUGCUGUCCCUGAACAACGAACAUUCCGUGCAUUUUCAAACCGUAUUAUUGUGUGCCUUUCUGAGGAGGAAACUGAAGCCAUUUUAAAAUUUACUAAACCUAAGCCCCAACUUCAGGAUGGAUUUUCUUUAUACAAAUCUUAUAUAUUUUAUAUUAUCUACUUGACAAUAUUUAUUUAUAACCAACUUUUAACCGACCUGGUUAAUGUGUUCAUUUUGGCAGGUUUCGCGUUUUACUAACCCAAAACCCAAA